UCUUAUUCUCAUCGAUUAUUAUUCGAACAUACUCGUAAAUUCAUUACCACUUCCACAAUUGAUUUCAAUAUGACCAACUAAUGAUGUAGUCAAGAUUUUUCCAAUGCAGGGGAAACCUACUUUAUAUUUACUUAAUGUAUAAUUAAAACAACAUACUUACAGUAAAAUUCAGCACACCCACAUAUAGGUAGGUAGUAGGUACCUAAUUACAUUGAAAUCAGUAUUUGCAUAUUCGAGUAUAUCAGUUCGGAAUCGGUCUUAUGGUUGGGCAACUUAGUUAACCAGUUUUCGAUUCCCACAUUAAAUUCAUAGUAACUGUGAUUGACAAUUUUUACAUCAUGGAAGUGAUAAGAGAUAUUAAAAAAAUAGUGCUCCAAAUAUUCGGAAUAGAGAAUAUGUUCGGAUUCGAGACAACGUUAGCCAAUCAGCUUUAUUUAUUCUAUUGCAUGUCGGGUAAUAUGUAUUACACGGAUAAAAUACACCGGAAAACAAAAUUCGUGUGGUUCUGUAGCAUUUACUCGGUAUUUAUACAAAUCGCAUUUUCUAUAUUAUCAUAUCUAAUCUAUGGUAGGCAGACUGGGGAUCUUCUGCUACUUGUUUACACUGGAUUCAUGAGCAUGUUGGCAGUAAUUGCAUUACUUGUGAAACCGGCAAUCAUGUUCGCAUACAGAAAUGAAAUAGAACGAAUGAUUUUGAUGGCUGAUCUAAUGCAGAAGAAAAAAAAAAGUCAAUCUAAAGGCGAGUUUGACGCCAAGCAAAUACUAAUGACCGGUCUGACAGCAUAUUUUAUACCAAUUAUACCAUACUUUUUGAUUACUGCACUGGAUAUUGUGUUAUUUUAUGAGGGAGAAAAAAUAUACAAUUAUGUAUAUUAUCUGGUGCCACUUUCCGGUCUUGAACACUACGGAUCGCCGGAACUUUACUCAUUUGUUACCAUCGUGUCCGUUGGGCAAGGAAUCAGCUGUGAGUUGGUAUUUAUAGGUGAAUUCCUUUUACCAUUACCUUGGAUCGUUGUUUGUCAUAAUGAGGCUCAACGCAUCAUCGACGAAUUGAAUUCAUUAGGUACAGAUGUUGAUAUCAAUAUCGACAAUUACGAAAGUAUGGAACCAAAGUUCAAGAAUGUCUUGGAAAAAUGUAUACAAGAUAUAAAUGAUCUCAGAAGACUGAUUUCAAUUUUUCGAGGCUAUGUAGAAGCCACAGCUGGUAUUACACUUCCAGUUCUUUUGUACGUUGAAGUUGCCCACGCUUUGGUUUUUAUGUCGCCAGAUACUCCAUUCAUAGUGAAAGUGAGAGAACUCUCUGUUUUUAUAGCGACAAUUCAAGAUGUUUUUAUCCUCUGUUGGAUGGGAGCCACGCUCGAAAAAAUGACAUCAGAUUUAUCCUUCGCCGUAUAUUCUACACCUUGGUAUUGGUUCAAAGGCAUUCGCAAAGACGUUUAUAUACUUCUAUGCGAGACACAAGCACCACUUAUUCCAGUCGCCCUCAGUGUUUAUCCCUUGACGUUGGCAACAUUUCUUCGAUUUUGCAACGUUAUCAAUUCAUCAGUAAAUGUUGUUCGAGCCUACACUCAAAAGUCAUAGCUAAUGCAUACUAAUCUAAUUCAAUCACAAAUGAUAAAACAUAAAACGGUUGUUUUUCAUAAGUUUAUGUACUUACCUACCUAAUAUUUUGUCAUCAAAUUCACCCAUGUUUCGAUAAUCAUUACCCAUACGUAUUCAUAAUAAUUCCAAUAGGUAUUAAUCAAUGAAAUGUAACAAUAGGUAGUGUUACUGAUCUAACUAUAGAAAUUUAAAUUUUUUUUCUUUUUAAAUUAUGUAGUGUACACAAUUUUCAUUAAUUAUUCACGCUGUACGCACCAAUUAUUUUAAUAUCUGACAACAGGAUCUUUUGAACUGACACCCAAUGAUUCCAACACUAUUACUUUAUUGAUGCUUAAUUUAAAAUAGUACAUAGGUAUAAUAGGUAUAAAUAAUUGUAUUUCUAUAAUAGGUAGUGUUUAUUUUAGC